AUGGAAUCACAGAAAGAGUCUCUCCCAACCCUCCGUUGGGGCAUAAUCGGAGCAGGCCUUAUCUCCUCCUGGUUCACAAAGGACAUCAGCCUACCCCGCAAAUCCCCUGCUGCAGUACAUAAAAUCCAGGCGAUUGGCUCGUCAUCUCUCGAGAAGGGCCGUGUCUUUGUCGAAACGCACCUUGCAACUCUCAACCCCAAGCCAACCGUCUAUUCCAACUACGGGGACGUCUACAACGACCCUGAAGUUGAUAUAGUGUACAUCGGCACUCCGCACGGCCUGCAUAAGCAACACUGCCUCGACGCCAUAGCGGCCGGGAAACAUGUUCUCUGCGAGAAGGCCUUUACGCUUAAUGCCACUGAAGGCCGCGAGGUCCUUGCCGCUGCGCAAGCUAAAGGAGUAUUCAUAAUGGAAGCCAUGUGGACGAGAUUCCAGCCACUCGUCUCAAAGCUCAAGCACGUGCUUUUCCAAGAGAAAGCGAUUGGCGACGUUCGUCGUACAUUCUGCGAUUUCGGACUUGACAAGGAUAUUGCUUCUCUCCCGAGCACAUCGCGCCUAAGAGACCCCGCCAUGGGUGCUGGAAGCCUCUUGGAUAUCGGCAUUUAUGCUUUAACAUGGGGCCUCCUCACACUUGAAUCGGAUCCAGCAAAAAGUGAAAGACCAAGAGUGGUUGCAGCGCAAACACUCAGGGAUGGAGUCGAUAUCGCCACUUCGUUCAUCCUUCAUUACCCUUCCACCGGUCGCCAGGGAAUUCUGACCUCGACAACAGAAGCCCGCACGCCGGAGAUAUUUAUGAGGAUCGAAGGAAGUAACGGUUAUAUCACGGUAGAGGGGAUUGCAGCAUCCGCGCCGCGGGCUUUCACGGUUUAUCCUAAGGUGGAAGGCAGGAGCUUGGGUGCAGAUACGGGUGCAGAUGGGAGGAGAUACGACUUUGAGCUGGAAGGAAUGGGGUUUUCUUUCGAGGCUGACACUGUCGCGAAGAGUAUAAGCCAGGGAAAGCUAGAGAAUGAGGUUAUGAGUCACAGCGAGACGGUGAGGGUUCUGGAGAUUCUUGAUGAGAUUAGGACCCAGGGCGGGGCAAGGUUUCCUGGAGAGGCAUAG